GAAAAAUCUGGAUGAAGAAGCUGAAGUAUGGACUCGUAAUGGCCCAACUAAAGUUAUAUUAAAACGUUUAGAUAAUUCACAAAAUAUGUCUCAAGAAUUUAUAGACCAGUUAUAUAGAUAUCACAAAUGCUUACAAAGUGAAGCACUUGCGGAUUGUUUUGGAAUAACUAAAGAUCCAACAUCAUGUUACAUGUUUGUUAUGAGAUAUUAUAAAAAUGGAAAUUUAUAUUCUUAUCUUGAAGAAUUUGUAGGAAAUCUUUACUGGAGAGAUAUUAUAGAUAUGUUGUGGUCAAUAUCUGUGGGUCUUAAUUUUAUUCAUGAACAUGAUCUUGUUCAUGGACAUUUACAUGGAGGAAAUAUAUUAGUUGAAAACGAGAUGGAUUCAAUUGAUACAAAAAUAGCAGAUAUUGGAUUACAUGGACAUGUUGAUAAAUCAAUGUCAUCAAUAAUGCCAUCUCAGCAAAUUUACGGCAUAAUACCCUUUGUUGCACCAGAGAUCUUUGACGGAAAUGUGAUAACCAAAGCCUCUGAUAUUUAUAGCUUUGGGAUGAUUAUGUGGAUGUUGUCAACUGGCGUACGUCCUUAUUGUGAUAGACCUCAUGAUAAACAACUUAUUCAAGAAAUCUGUUCAGGUUUAAGACCAAGCAAUAUCGAUGGAACUCCGCCUGUUUACGCUAGUUUGAUGUUGCAAUGUCUAGACGCUAAUCCGUUAAAAAGACCAACAGUAUCUCAAAUUUGUGAGUAUUUAGGAAAUUGGACGUCUAAUUUAUCUAAUCAAUUUGAAGAAGAAUACGUAAAUUUAGAAAAGUUGAACCUUUGGAGUUUACCGUGUCACGAAAAAGCCAUUUAUUUUAGUCGUUUAUUGGAUUUUUAAUUAUUUUUUAUGAAAAAAUAUAAUUUUACAAUAUUGUUUUUAUUUUCAUGAAUUUUAUACAAUACGUUCAAACAAUUUAAAAUUAUUUCUGAUUUCCUUAAACCGGAUUGUCAAAACUGACUUAAAUAUAAGCUAGGGGUGUGGGUCCAACUGGUUGGUUACACAAUAUAAUUUCGUAUUACCAAACUGUCCCACUACCGUCACCCCUGAAUUUUAUUAUUUUAAUAUAUCCAAGACAACAUUCCAAGCCUAAAACUUUUGACACACAACGUUUCUAAAAGCCGAUGUUCGAGAGUAGAUUAGUG